AUUGGACUAAAGCAAAGCAGCGAUUGAUUUUUUUUUCAUGUCGCUUUCUGUCAGCUUGGCCAAUUGCUGGCUCCCCGGAGCUCAAGGGCAAACAGGACGGAUUAUCAGAUGGGACAACAGAACCAGGAGUCAUGGAUGUCUGGCACGGGUGGGAGAUGCGGUGGGCAGAGGCCAAUAAGCUUCAUGCCCCUCCUCGACUGAAUUGCCCUGGCAGAGAGAUGUUCUCGUUCGUGCAAGAAGCAGCACAUGAGCACGAAUCAAUGGAUCACAGCUGCAGCUCGCCCGAAUCUGGCGCAAGGUACCAUUCAAGGCUGUGCCAAAGUGGGUAAUUCCGGCUUUGCCGACCGGGUUGGGAAGCAGCGCGUGCAGGAUAUUUCGCGUCGUCCGGUACGUUGUCGUUUGCACACAGCACUGUGAGCACACAUCCAGAGCAGCAGCGGCAAAGAAAGGGGGCCCGCCCUGCAUGUGGGAACUGCAGGGGGACUUGGUGCGUGCAUGUGCCUGCUUUCUGCUGGUCUGUCCUCAAGUUGUGCUGGCCUUCUGGUCCAAUGCGGUGUGCAAAAAAACGUGCUUGCUCAUGGCUCGGCUGUAUUUGAAUUUGACCUCUCCAGCUGCAAGUGACGCUUGAAAAACCUCGCAGUGAAACCCCCCAGCAGUUCUCCUCCUCCCGCGCCAACCCGCAUGUUUUAGCUAGUACCACUACCCGCUGGCGCGCGCGCACUGCUGCCGACCUCUGUCCAUUUCUUACAACUGCUCCUGCUGUCGCCCUGCCGCUUUCCGGAGCAUGCCCGCAACACCCCAGCUAGGCGCAUGAGCCACCAAAGCUUCCCUCCCGCAUCCCGCACAUCCCUGGGCAGAUCGCUGUAUCCCGCCGCUGCCCCUUUCCUUGUCCCGACCGCGGCCAGCCAAACAAGACUUUCCAUCCGACCCGACCAGUCUGCCAUCCAGACGUCUCGCCGGCAACUCCUCGUUCGCCCGCCAUCGUCGCCAUCAUGGCUCCAACAGACAGCAAGACGGCAACCGCCGAGUGCAUCUCGGACGAUGCGCUCAUACACCUCAAGUCGUACAAGUACUCGAGCGUCGACAAGUCGCCUGUCUCCAAAUACAUCAUGCAGCCUUUUUGGAACGCGUCGGUCGAACUGCUGCCCAUGUGGCUCGCGCCCAACAUGGUGACCCUGAUAGGGUUCGGCUUCGUUCUUUUCAACGUGGGGCUUCUGGUCCUUUUUAUGCCGGAUCUUGAGGGACCGGGACCGUCAUGGCUAUACUACAGCUUCGCCUUUGGGCUGUUCAUGUACCAGACCCUGGAUAACCUCGACGGCAAGCAGGCCAGGCGCACGGGCAUGUCGAGCGGGCUGGGCGAGCUCUUCGACCAUGGCAUCGACUCGCUCAACUGCACCCUGGGCAGCCUCCUCGAGACGGCCGCCAUGGGCCUCGGCGUGUCCAAGUCGGGCGUCUUCACGGCGCUCUGCCCCUGCCUGCCCAUGUUCUUCUCGACCUGGGAGACGUACCACUCGCACACGCUCUACCUCGGCCGCAUCAACGGCCCCACCGAGGGCAUCCUGAUCGCCUGCUCCAUAAUGGCCAUUUCGGGCUACUACGGCCCGGGCAUCUGGACGGAGCGGUUCGUCGACAUGGUGGGGGCUGAAAAUAUGUUUGGCUACGCCGACAUGCUGGGCGACUACUCGAUCCGCGACUUCUGGAUUGUCAUCAUCAUCAGCUCCCUGCUGCUCACCCACGUCCCCUUCUGCAUCUACCACGUCGCCCUGGCACGCCGCUCCAGGGGCCUGCCCGUGGCGCCCGUGUUCCUCGAGUGGACGCCCAUGGCCGUCUUCACGCUCUCCAUCGGCGCCUGGGUCUACUCGCCCUUCUCGACCAUCCGCAGCGGCAACCACAUCGUUCUCUUCUGCUCCACCAUGUCCUUCGUCUUUGGCCGCAUGACGACAAAGAUGAUCCUCGCCCACCUGACUCGCCAGCCCUUCCCCUACUGGACCGUCAUGCUGUGGCCCCUGGUCGGCGGCGCCGUUCUGGGCAACCUCCCGCACCUCGGGCUCGCCGCCGUCUCGGCCGACGUCGAGCUGGCCUACCUGUGGGGGUACUUCUUGUUCGCCGCCGUCGUCUACUCGCGCUGGGCGUACCUCGUCAUCACCAGCAUCUGCGACUACCUCGGCAUCAACGCCCUGACCAUCCCACGCGAGAAGCAGGAGGAGAACAGGCGCAAGAUGCUGGAGCAGAAGCAAAAGCCCGUCGCCAAUGGGGCCACUAAUGGUGUCGCCAACGGCAACAGGAAGAAGGUGCAGUAAAAAGGUUCCAGCAAGAGCGCCGUCGUGGGACUGCUGCCGAGGUCCGAGUCUGCUAUGGUGAUCACUUUUUGUCGCUCAUGUCCAUUUAUCGGUAGCAUUCAUUCUCCUCUCUCGUCCGGUCUUUCUGGUGGUGCCCUGUCUCUCCAAAAGGAUGGAAGGGGCUGGUUUUUAUACACUAUAAUAAUGGUUCGGUCGGCAUGAAUAGGGUGUUGCAUUUGCAUCGCAUGCUUGCAAGGGUCGGCGUUGAAGGACGGACGGACGUUUUUUUUUCUUGGAGAUUUCGAUCCAUGGGGUUUGUAUAUAGCCUGUGACCGUGGAAGGGACACCAGCCGCUGUCUGUUGUCGUUGAAUUUUCUUUUUCUUUUUUUAACCUCUGCGAAGCCUGACGGAGAUCUCGACAUUGGGGACCACAAUUUCUGAUCAAUUGCUGAAAGGGUAUGAUGGAAGUGUCCAAUCGUUGCCAUGUGUGAUUACGUGACGGGAGUC